AUGGUUUUAGAGGAUUUCUCUUUCGAGAGCGGAAUCGACGUCGAGUUUAGCUAUUUGCCACGCGGUUUGAUCAACGAUGCUAUAUCUCCCCGAGUUGUGAUUUCCAACGAUCGGCAAGUGCAAAAUUUCGUUGGAUACAUAAGGAAGCAGGAGUCAAAGCAGUUGUGUUUGACACUUAAGGAUCCCAAAGAAAAUAGUGGAGUCCACAUUGAUGGUAAUGGUGAUCAUGGAGGUGUACCUCCAACCGAUGGAUUAUCCCAUGUCAAAGAUGAGAUCAAAAAAGGGAAAAUGAUACUCAAAGAGAUCAAUGAUGAAGAGGAAGUAUUGUCGCAAAAGGAAAUCGAGUAUGAUUAUCAAUUUCGUGGCGCUUUGAUGGAAGCUGUGAAGAUAAAGCAAGAAUUCAGAAGCAAAAGUCUGUUGAAAUCCACUUUCGAAAUCCUUGCUAUGAAGCACAAUUUCGACUACAUCGUGCUCAAAUCGGACACUAGUUUUUGGACAGCUCGGUGUGUGGUCAAAGAAUGCAACUGGCGCGUUCGAGCAGUGAGUCUAAAAGGUACGACCAUGUUUGUCAUCACCAAGUAUGUGGGUGAACACACUUGUGCUCCUUCAGGUAAAGCCAAAAUCGGGAGGACAGCUUCAGCGAAGACAAUUGGCAAUCUCAUUAUGCAGAAGUAUGAAGGUGUCAAAGAAGGACCUAAACCCAAUGAUAUCAUUCAGCUGAUGCGUAUUGAGCACGGAUGCAAGAUCUCUUACGAUCUAGCAUGGGAGGCACGUGAGUUUGCUGUCAAUUAUGUGAGAGGAAUACCUGAGGAGAGUUAUGCAAAAAUACCAAGAUACAUGUUCAUCUCUUUUGGUCAGUCUAUAAGAGGGUUCUACAAAGCCAUGCGACGGGUAAUCGUUAUUGAUGGUACAUUCUUGAAGAAUAAAUACAAAGGAACACUACUAGUUGCUACAGCUUUAGAUGGUAACUCGAAUUUGUAUCCACUAGCAUUUGGUGUGGUUGAUUCAGAGAAUGAUCUAUCAUGGGAAUGGUUUUUGAGGCAGCUACAUGUUGUUAUUGAGGAUGAUUACGAUCUGGCCUUCAUCUCAGACAGGAAUUUGUCCAUUGGCAGACUACUUCCUAUAGUUUACCAACGAGCUACUCAUGGAAUUUGUAUUCACCACUUGCUGAACAAUGUCAUCUCUUAUCUACAUGGAAAAGGUGUGGCUGCUUUGGUUGCAAAGGCUUCUAAAGCAUACAGAAUUGCUGAUUUUCAGACGAUGAUGACUGAUAUCGUUAAGAACAGACCGGAUGUGGGGAAGUAUCUUGUGAAAGCUGAUGUGAGAAAGUGGGCUCGCUGUCUAUUUGUUGGAUACAGGUAUGAUGUUAGGACAACUAACCCCGCUGAGUCGUUGAAUUCAGCAUUGAGAUCACCUAGAGAGUUCCCGGUAAUCCCUCUACUAGACAGCAUUAGAGAAAUGUUGACAAGGUGGUUCUUUAAGCGUAGAACAUUGAGCUCCAAGCAUACCCACCCUCUAACUGUUGCUGUUGAGAAGAAGAUUACAAGAAGGACGGAAAAGGGUAAAGCAUUCACGGUUCAGCAAGUAGAUGCAACUCGAUUUGUGGUGGGAGGUGACAUCUACGAAUGUGUGGUUGAUUUGGCGAAGCGAACAUGUACAUGCGCCAAGUUUGAUCUGCAGAAAAUUCCAUGUAGGCAUGCGAUCCCAGCAAUUUUUGCAAUUGGAAAGCAACCACAUGAAUUCACAGAUGAGCUGUGGAAAACUGAGUUAUGGAGAGUUGGGUAUGAAGAAGCAGUAAAUCCAAUAGGUGUUCCUGAGGAUGCAUGGAGUGUCCCCCAAGUUGUUGAUGAAGAGAUUGUUUCUUGUCCAGAAUCACGCAGAGCUGCUGGUAGGAGAAGAAAGAGACGGUUUGAAUCGGUUGAGGACAAGAUUAGAUCGCAGCAAAGGAAGACACACAAGUGUAGUCGAUGUGAUAAUUCAGGCCACAAUAGAGCAACAUGUGACAUGCCAAUCUAG